AUGAGCUCAACAUCGGCAACUCCUCUGGAAGACGCAAUCCGCGCCAAGCUGACCGCGGCUCUCAGCCCGAUCACGCUGGAGAUCUACAAUGACUCGCACCUCCACUCUCACCACAAGGCCAUGCAGGGCGUCACUUCCAAGGAAACGCACUUUCGUCUUGUCAUCAUCUCUGACUCGUUCGCUGCCAAGAUGCAGCCUGCAAGGCAUCGAAUGAUCUACGCUCUGCUGCGGGAUGAAAUGGCCCAGGAGGGAGGCAUCCACGCUCUCCAGCUGAGGACCCUGACCCCCGACGAGGAGAAGCGUCAGCAAAAGAAGAAGGCCGCCGAGGCAGCAGCCAAAGAAGCCGCCAAGGAGACCGAAAAGGCCGAGUCCAAGACGGAGCCGACAGAAGCUUAG